UUCUCCCAAGAGGAGUGGGAGUGGCUGAACUCUGCUCAGAGGAAUCUGUACAGGAGUGUGAUGUUGGAGAACUACAGGAACCUGGUUUCGCUGGGACUUUGCGUUUCUAAGCCUGAUAUGAUCUCCUCAUUGGAACAGAGGAAAGAGCCCUGGAUGGUGAAGAGAAAGUUGACAAGAGGCCGGUGCCCAGAUUUGAAGACUGUGCCGGAGACUGAGUUACCUGCAAAGAGGGACAUCUCUAAAGAAAAGUUACCCCAGGCAGUGAUAAUGGAGAGACUCACAAACUACAGUCUGGAAUGCUCCAUAUUAGGGGAAAACUGGGAUUAUGGUGCUCUGUUUGAGAGGCAGCCGGGCUUGGUGACCAUCACGAAUAUGGCUGUAGACUUCUCCCAGCAGCUGGACCCAGCUCAGAAGAGUUUCUGUAAGAAUGUGAUAUGGGAGAGCCAUGGUGACCUGGGGUCAGUAGGACCCUGUGUUUCUAAGCCAGAUUUGGUCUCUCUGCUGGAGCAAGGGAAGGAGCCCUGGAUGGUGGAAAGAGAGCUGACAAGGGGCCUGUUCUCAGGCCAACAAUCUAUAAAUGAGACCCAGGAAUUAUUUCCAAAGCAAGAUUCAUUCGCUGAAGUAACAGAUAGAACUUCAAACACAAAUUUGGAGUGUUCCGCUUUCAGAGAAAAUUGGGGUUCCGAGGGUAUGUUUGAAAGGAAGCUGGUAGGUCAGGAGACACAAUUCAGGCAAGAGGCAAUCACUCAUAACAAAACCCUCUCUAAGGAAAGAGAACGAAUUUAUGCAGGAAAAAAACUUUUCAAAUGUAAUGAAUGUAAGAAAACUUUUACCCAGAGCUCAUCCCUUACUGUUCAUCAGAGAAUUCAUACUGGGGAGAAACCCUAUAAAUGUAAUGAAUGUGGAAAGGCCUUCAGUGACGGCUCAUCCUUUGCUAGACAUCAAAGAUGUCACACUGGCAAGAAGCCUUAUGAAUGUAUCGAAUGUGGGAAAGCCUUCAUACAGAACACAUCCCUUAUUCGUCACUGGAGGUAUUAUCAUACUGGGGAGAAACCCUUUGAUUGCAUUGAUUGUGGGAAAGCCUUCAGUGAUCACAUAGGACUUAAUCAACAUAGGAGAAUUCAUACUGGAGAGAAACCCUACAAAUGUGAUGUAUGUGACAAAGCCUUUAGAUAUGGCUCAUCCCUUACUGUACAUCAAAGGAUUCAUACUGGAGAAAAACCAUAUGAAUGUGAUGUUUGCAGAAAAGCCUUCAGCCAUCAUGCAUCACUCACUCAACAUCAAAGAGUGCAUUCUGGAGAAAAGCCUUUUAAAUGUAAAGAAUGUGGGAAAGCUUUUAGGCAGAAUAUACACCUUGCUAGUCAUUUGAGGAUCCAUACUGGAGAGAAACCCUUCGAGUGUGGGGAAUGUGGUAAAUCCUUCAGCAUCAGUUCACAGCUGGCUACUCAUCAGAGAAUUCAUACUGGAGAGAAGCCCUAUGAAUGUAAGGUUUGUAGUAAAGCAUUCACCCAGAAGGCUCACCUUGCCCAGCAUCAGAAAACUCAUACAGGAGAGAAACCAUAUGAGUGUAAGGAAUGUGGUAAAGCCUUUAGCCAAACCACACACCUUAUUCAACACCAGAGGGUUCACACUGGAGAGAAACCCUAUAAAUGUAUUGAAUGUGGGAAGGCCUUUGGUGAUAACUCAUCCUGUACUCAACAUCAGAGGCUUCACACUGGCCAAAGACCUUAUGAAUGUAUUGAAUGUGGGAAGGCAUUCAAGACAAAGUCCUCGCUUAUUUGUCAUCGCAGAAGUCAUACUGGAGAGAAACCUUAUGAGUGUAGCGCAUGUGGCAAAGCCUUUAGCCAUCGUCAGUCCCUUAGUGUCCAUCAGAGAAUUCAUUCUGGAAAGAAACCAUAUGAAUGCAAAGAAUGUAGGAAAACCUUCAUCCAAAUCGGACAUCUUAAUCAACAUAAAAGAGUCCACACUGGAGAGAGAUCCUAUAACUAUAAGAAAAGCAGAAAAGUCUUCAGGCAGACCGCACACCUUGCUCAUCAGAGAAUUCAUAAUGGAGAGUCAUCAGCACGCCCCUCUUUACCGUCCACAUCGAAUCCUGUGGAUCUGCUUCCCAGAUUUCUCUGGGGUCCGUCCUCACUCCCAUCGCCAUAGUCUCAACAUUGUUAUUUCAGCUGGACUGCUCCGUUAGUUUAAAACUGGUCCCUCUGGUUGGUUGGUUUUGUUGUCCUUUAUGAGUUUGUUCUUCACAUUGCAGUCAGAUUGAUUUUUUUUAAGUGUAAAUACAAUUCAUUCACUUCUUAGGUAAAAACCUGUGUUGAGAUCCUUUAAAUUGUUUAAUACGUAACAUGUGCUUAGCACAGUGCCUGGUCCAGACCAAGUGUUGAGUAAAACAUUAUUUUAGGACAUUGAAGAGUUACCACAGUCAGCUCUGAAUAAAAAUGAUGCAUAGGAGGAGGCCAGGAGAAACCAGUUUAGAUCAGGAACAAGAGUUUCAAGGUAGUCAGCGAGGUUUUUGCCAAUGGUGGUUUAAAACUUGUUUCCAUAUGUUGAGUUAGAACUGUGGCUUUCCAUCUCAUCUGCAUAAAUGUAAGGUGAUGUGACUUUAUUGGUGAGAGAAUUCAGCUUUACUAUACAUCUGACAACAGUCUUAGGAAGUGUGUAGAGAACAUGGGUCAGUAGGCCUCUUAGAACAAAAGAAAUGCAAUAAUCAAAAAAAAUACAAGAUUUGUAUGUACGAAGUUAAAACUACUGACAUGUUACUCAAGAAUUAGAAAAUUUGGAAAGAUUUGAUCUAUUUAAAAUCACCUGGGCUUAUGAAUGAACUCGCUUCAACUUUUAAGGAACUGUCAACUUUGAGGUAAACCAUUCUAAAGUAGGUGUCAGCAGACUAACCCAGUGACCAAAGUCUCACUGGUUUUCCAUGAUCUAAAUUAAAAUUUUUUGUAAAUGGUUGAACAAGCAAAAAGAAUAUUUUGUGACAACAUGAAGGUUACAUUAAA